AUGGCGGAGGUUCAUACCGUAAUUAUGGGAGAUCUGCAUGUUGUGAGCCAUCUUGCCACUCAGCAAAAAUACUGUCCUCCAGUUCAAAAAUGCUGCCCACCCAAACGGAAAUAUUGUCCUCCAGUCCAAGACUACUGUCCUCCUGUCCAACCAUGCUGUUCUCCAGUACAGAAAUACUGUCCACCUGUUGAACCGUGUUAUCCUCCGGUACAGAAGUACUGUCCACCUGUUCAACCAUGUUGUCCUCCGGUACAGAAAUACUGUCCACCUGUCCAACCGUGUUGUCCUCCGAUAAAGAAGUACUGUCCACCUAUCCAACCGUGUUGUCCUCCAGCGCAGAAGUACUGUCCACCUGUCCAACGAUGCUAUCCACCUCCACAAAGAUAUUGUCCACCAGUCCAACCAUGCUGCCCAGCUCCACAAAGAUAUUGUCCACCAGUCCAACCAUGCUGUCCACCUCCACAAAGGUAUUGUCCACCAGUCCAACAAUGCUCUCCACCUCCACAAAGAUAUUGUCCACCAGUCCAACCAUGCUGUCCACCUCCACAAAGAUAUUGUCCACCAAUCCAACCAUGCUGUCCACCUCAACAAAGAUAUUGUCCACCAGUUGAACCAUCCUGUCCACCACUUGAGAUCUCCCAGGUCCAACAAGUAUGCAGAGUGCCUCCCCAUCUUCUGAAGUAG